CACACAUAGCUUUGGGGUCAGAUAUUUCCUUUCUCUCACUAUGAGUUGUAGCAUCAAAAAAACCUCUAGCUGCUCUUACAGAAGUGGCGGAGGUGGUGGUUUUGGUAGCUGUGGUGGUGGGAGCUCCUCUAUUUCUACUAAAAAAUAUACCUCCUCUGUAGCAGGUGGCAGUACUUAUGGUGGUGGAAGACUGGGUGGUGGAAGCUAUGGUGGGGGAGCAUGCAGCAUUGUGUAUGGAGGAGGAGUAAGUGGUGGUAGCAUUGGUGGUGGACAGGGUAGUGCCUUUUGUGGUGGGUAUGGAGGUGGCUUUGGAGGUGGCUUUGGAGGUGGCUUUGGGGGUGGGGAUGGGGCCCUGCUGACUGGCAAUGAAAAAACAACCAUGCAGAACCUUAAUGACCGCCUGGCUACCUACCUGGACAAAGUACGCAGGCUAGAGGAAGAAAAUGCUGACCUAGAGGAAAGAAUCAGGGAGUGGUAUAGGAAGCAAGGACCCAGCAUCUCCAAAGACUACAGUCCAUAUUACCAGACAAUUGAGCAACUCCAGAAUCAGAUCAUUUCUGCAACUGUGGACAACAACAAAUUGAUUCUGGACAUUGAUAACAGCAAGAUGAUUGCCGAUGACUUCCGAAUGAAGUAUGAGAAUGAACUGGCCAUCCGCCAGGGUGUGGAGGCAGACAUCAAUGGCUUACGCAAUUUCCUGGAUGAACUUGUGCGUGUAAGGUCUACUCUGGAAUUAGAGGUUGAGACCCUGAAGGAUGAGCUGCUCACCCUCAAGAAGAACCAUGAGGAGGAAAUGAGACUACUGCAAUCCCAGACUGGUGGUGAUGUGAAUGUGGAGGUCAAUGCUGCUCCUGGCCAAGAUCUGACAAAGAUACUGAAUGACAUGAGACAGGAAUAUGAGGAAAUAAUUGCAAAGAACCGAAGGGAGGUUGAACAGUGGUAUGAAGUCAAGAUGGAAGAGGUGAAUCAGCAGGUCACAUCAAGUGGUCAGGAGGUGCAAACAAGUAGCCACCAGCUCACUGAACUGAGACGCGUUUUCCAGAGUCUGGAAAUUGAACUGCAGACGCAGCUUAGCAUGAAAGCAUCUCUGGAAAACAACUUGGCAGAAACAGAGGCUCGUUACGGUGCCCAGCUGCAACAGAUCCAGGCCAUGAUCAACUGUGUGGAGGAGGAACUGGCUCAGUUGCGCUGUGAAAUGGAGAGUCAAAACCAAGAGUACAAGAUGCUCCUUGGCAUCAAGACCCGCCUGGAACAGGAGAUUGCACAGUACCACGGGCUGCUCCAGGAAGGACAGCAAGACAUUACCUCUUCUCAAGGAGGGAUUCAAGGAGGUGGUAGGUCCUCCCAGUCCUACUCUUCCCACUCCUGUUCUUCGACUUCCCACUCUCAGUCCCAUGGUGGUGAGAUGACAGGACAGACAAGACCAUGCUAAAAGUAGAGCAGAGCCACAAGGACCCGCUGAUCUAAGAAUCUUGUUGAACAGACCCAUGGACAUGCAACAUCUUUGUCAUAUACCUAUCUGAGAAGUCCAACUGGGUCACCUUCUAAAUCUAUUACAUUACUUGUUUUCUUCCAUUUCAUCAUGCUCUUCAUAUCCAACCAUGGUCACUUAACAUGGUUGGUGAUCCACCUUCUACUGGUAGUAUGUUCUCUAAUAAAACUUUACUUAUUUCUGAUG